AUGGGCUGCAGCGGCAGCAGGAAGGUGGUCCCUGAGCCUCCCGAACCGCCUGCGCUUGGCCAAGGCCAGGCGGGUCCCGGACCCGAGGCAGCAGCGCAGGCGGCCAGGAGCAUGCAGGUGGCUCACUUCCGAGCCAGGUUCCACGCGCGCGUCCUCGCCAGAUAUGACAUCAAGGCUCUCAUCGGGACAGGCAGUUUCAGCAAGGUUGUCAGGGUGGAACAGAAGACCACCAAGAAACCAUUUGCAAUAAAAGUGAUGGAAACGAGACAGAGAGAAGGCCGAGAAGCUUGCGAGGCUGAGCUCCGUGUCCUCAGGCGGGUUAGCCACCCUUAUAUUGUGCAGCUCAUGGAGAUCUUUGAGGCCCAGGACCGAGUUUACCUGGUGAUGGAGCUGGCGACCGGUGGGGAGCUCCUAGAGAGACUCAUUGCUCAGGGAACCUUUACGGAGCGGGAUGCUGUCAGAAUCCUUGGCAUGGUUGCUGAAGGGAUUAGGUAUUUGCAUACUCUGCGAAUCACACACAGGGACCUAAGGCCUGAAAAUCUCUUAUACUAUCAUCCAGGCGCUGAGUCUAAAAUUUUAAUCACAGAUUUUGGGUUUGCCCACUCUGGGAACAAAAGUGGUGACUGGAUGAUAAGAACGCUGUGUGGGACCCCAGAGUACAUGGCUCCUGAAAUUUUGCUAAGGAAACCUUAUACCAGUGCUGUGGACAUGUGGGCUCUGGGUGUAAUCACCUAUGUUUUACUUAGUGGAUCUCUGCCUUUUGAUGAUGAAAGCCAUACAGAGCUUUACAGGAAGAUUCUGAAAGGCAAAUAUACUUACACAGGCGAGCCUUGGCCAAGUAUUUCCCACUUGGCGAAGGACUUUAUAGACAGACUGCUGAUUCUGGAGGCUAGUCAUCGAAUGUCAGCUGGUCAGGCCCUGGAUCAUCCCUGGGUGAUCUCCAUGGCUGCAGGAGCUUCAAUGAAGAAUCUCCAGAGAGUCAUUUCCAGGAACCUCAAGCGAAGGGUGUCUCUCCACUCUCACAGUCCUGGAUCUGCUCAGUCUUCUAAGUCGUGUUAUUCUCACAAGUCAAAACACAUGUGGAGCAAAAGAAGCUUAAAGACAGCAGAGACUUCUCAGUCUGCACUUUUGUAAGCAGACGGCUUCUAGAAUUAUUUUAUCCAAUUGUAAGCCUGAUCUACCAACCUUACUAACAGCAUUGGGUCAAGAGGGACAGUUUCAUCAUGAUCAGGGCAGCCUAAUCGCCGAGGCCUUGGGAGCAUGUCUGCUUCUGAAUAAAUAGUGUUGACAUUUACCUUUUUGUUGGUUGUGUUUAGUCACGGGCCUUGAACUCAGGGCCUCAUGCAUGCUAAAGGAGCAUCUAGUACUGAGCUACCCCUUAGCCCUUUCUGUUUUAUUUUUGAGACAGAAUUGCAACCCAGGCUGGCCUCAAAUUUGUAGUCUUUGUACCUCAGCCUUCUUGUAUCUGGGAUUACAUGCAUGCAUCACUGUGUCUGGAUUUAUUUUUAACAUGUUUUGGCCUUUUGUUUUUCCUG